AUGGGGGAGGCGACAGGGGGACACGGAUGCAGGUGGCUGCCGGGGAGGUCGUGCCGAGGGGCGGUGACCCCCCUCGACCUGCUGCACCCCUCCAGAGACCUGCAGCGGGGGUGGUCCUUUCUGACAACCCGCUUUGUGUCCCGGGAGGCGGUGGCGGAGGAGGAGGAAGAAGAGGAGCAGCAGCAGCAGGAGGAGGAGGAGGCGGCGGCGGGCAGCGGCCCCGCAGGAGACCUGUGCAACUGCAGCUCGGUGGGCASCGCCGAAUGCAACCGCACGACGGGGCAGUGCCGCUGCCUGCCCGGGUACGCGGGGCCGCGCUGCCACGGCUGUGCCCACGGCUUCUACCCCGAGCAGGGCAGCCAGCGCUGCCAGCCCUGUGCCUGCAGCCCCUCUGGAGCCACCAGUGACCAGUGUGACCACUCUGGGCAGUGCCAGUGCAAAGUUGGUGUCACGGACCUGAAGUGUGACCGCUGCAGUGAGGGCUACUACAGGUUUAACCACAGCACGUGUGAGCCCUGCCAGUGCAACAACCACUCCCAGACCUGCGACAACUCAACAGGCACCUGCCUGGAGUGCCAGGACAACACCGAGGGGAAGCACUGUGAGCUCUGCAAGGAGGGUUUCUACCGGAGCACCCAUCCCACCCGCGGCUGCCAGCACUGCCCCUGCUCCAUCGUGGCAUCCACUGGCACCUGCCACAUAGAGCCCGGCGAGACCAUCCCGAGGUGUGACAAGUGCAGGCCGGGCUACACUGGCCUCAACUGCAACCAGUGUGACAAGGGCUACUACAACUCGGACAGCAUCUGUGUGAGGUGCAGGUGCAACGGGAACGUGGAGCCAGUGCUGUCCCCCAGCGUGUGCCGGCCCGACACCGGCGAGUGCAUCGGCUGCCUCUACCACACCACGGGCUUCCACUGUGAGCUGUGUGAGGAGGGCUACAGCAGGGAUGCUGAGGGCACCAACUGCACCAGGAAAGAAGCCACUCUUGGCCCAGAACCAACAGAGUUGACAACUUCUGCUCCAAAUGUCACCAAGACCACCUCCUUUUCCACGGCAGUGCUGAACAGCACUUUGUCACCAACAACUCUACAGACACUAUUUCCUAUAAGCUCCUCUGACAACAGCACCUCUGCUUUCGCAGAUGUUUCAUGGACUCAGUUUAACAUUAUUAUUUUGACAGUGAUCAUAAUCGUUGUGGUCCUACUAAUGGGCUUUGUGGGUGCUGUCUACAUGUACCGUGAGUAUCAGAACAGAAAACUUAACGCUCCCUUUUGGACCAUUGAACUCAAAGAGGACAACAUCAGCUUCAGCAGCUACCACGACAGCAUUCCCAACGCUGACGUGUCGGGGCUGCUGGAAGAUGAUGGCAAUGAGGUGGCCCCCAAUGGACAGCUCACGCUGACGACUCCCAUGCAUAAUUAUAAAGCUUAGAAGUCAUCCAGCUGUUCCAAAGUUUGCUUCUCAAAAAGUUACAGGGCUUGUGGAAGGGGUAUCAGGAUCCAGGCCAAGGCUCCACACAGAGGAAUUUGCUCUUCAGAUACUCUCUGGUGCUGGGCGUGCUGUAGCUUGCAGGUGAACAGAAGACAGUGUAGUACAUCUGAAUUUCAGGUAAUGUGGUGAAAUGCAUUCAGUGUCCCGUUCUCCAUAAAGAUCCAUAGAAUUCACUGUUGUUAUAAACUGGAUUGUGCUGAAUUGAAAACAUUUUAUGAAGAGGUGGUGGGGUGGAGAGAGCAGAACCGGAUGAGAAUCAGAAGCUACUUGGUUUCCAGCCAACCCAACACUUGUGUCGUCAUCCUUUAGUUUGAGAGGUAGCUCAUAAAUUAACAGUGGAAUUUCAGGAAACAGAUCUUUGGAAAGGCAUCAUAUUAGUUCCUGAUAGAAAUUAGUUCAAAAAGGAGGACAAAAAAAAAGGGAAGUGAUUGUUCACUGUACUACCAAAAGGCAAGUAGAGGAGUUGCACACUUGAAAAAAGUUACUAUUACCUGUUCCCACUAAGCAGGGAAUCAGGAAAAAAAMCAUGAGAACAUUUGAGUUAGGGAGGAGACUAAGCUUUUCCCUUUCUGAGUAUUUAUACAGGGUGAUGAUGCUAUUGAAACAUAGCAAUCCAUUUUUUUGUAGAAGGAGUUAAUGAACUUGUAUAGUUUCUGUGCAAGGGAAGAYGACAAGACAUCUCAGGGUUGCCAUGUAAAAAUAAAAGCCAGGCUCAAUACCCUACCCUGAUAGAAAUGGUGUGUUCUGUAUAUAAAAUGUAAUAUAUCUUCUUGGAAUUGUAUUUGUAAUUAUUUGUAAAAAAGACAAGCAACCAACUGACCAACCAAAAAACCCCCAACAACAAAACCAUSAGCCCCUCUCCCCAACCUCCCCCACUCCCUAGGUCAUGUUUUAUCCUCUAGGUUUUAACUGUACAGCGGYUAGUGAUGUUGUUUAAAAAAAGAAAAAAACAUGAGGAUUGUUUAAAAUACUGUAAAUGAGAUGGCAAUAUUGUUGGAGCUGGGCCUCUAGCAAACACCGACUGCUUAAAGCUUUUCUUCCACUAUCAUUGAAUAACUUUCUUUUUUAGAAAAAAAUGUGAGUGCUCCCUACUUGCAUCUGUCAAAUGUUGCCAUUCCUUUAAAUACAGAGUGAAUACCAGUGUUGCCAUGACUAGGGCUGAGUAGGUGUCCAARAAUUGGAUGCACCAAUCUAUUCCUUGCUUUUAAGUCUCUAUACAAAAUGYAGAUUCACUGUCACGAACACAGAGAGCCUGGGCUCUGGGGCUGAGGUUCUCCCAGGUUCUCUCAUCAUGUGGAGGGAUCCCAUUGCCAUCCCUGCUGAGCUGACAAGGCAGGGGSAUGUGCUGGGGACUGAGCUCAGCCCCCUUGGCCUUCUGAGGGGCAAAAGCAAAGGUCUCCUGGAUUGGGGUGGGAACGGCUUUGAGAUGAAGAGCUCACAGGAGCAGAGCUGUGCUUUGAGGCUCAGAAGGURAAAGGCUGUGUGUGGUGGGGCAGUGGGGAUGCACGAGGUGCUGGAAGCGUCCUCAGCACCAGGCAAAAGUGGAUAUGUCUCCAGAUGAGAAAGGAAGAGGGAACAUGGGGGUUAUUUAUUUGUUUUCUGGUGCUGUGAGGAGGUUUUUCUUAUCUUUGGAAACUUGGGGGGAGGGGGAAGUAGUUGAUUCAAACAUGUGCUCAAAGAUGCCAUUUCUGCCUCAAAUACUUGCUGCCUGCUGUAAAGAUAAGGCAUGGCAAGUCAGAAGGAAAAUAGUUGAGGAUGACCAAGAGAAAUGUUGAGUGCAGAAUGUGGAAUUGCAUACACAAGCUGAURGAAAAAAGMUGAUGGAAAAAAGCUGAUGGAAAAGCUUCUGUUGCCUGUGGUGGGCCUGGGUGAGGUCCUAAACUUUAGGUAAUAUGAAGAUUGGCUCAUGUCAUUCAGAGCAAUAUUACUUUUAGUUAUGAAACGGGGGAGGACUGGAGGAGAAAAUCUGGAUAUUGCUGAUCCUCGAGUUACUGAUCAAACUUCUAAAGAGCAGGGUGGUGACAAAAAAAAAAUUCCUAAAAGUUGUAAUUAUUUAGAGGUGCUGAUCUAGCGAUACACUUGCACUUGGUCACUUCAUGGGGUGGGCAAAGGUAAUAUAGGAAGUGUUGGCUUCUGGGACUGAUGCUAGCAAGCUAAACGAAGGACAGAUUGUUCACUUUAAUGUUUCUAAAAUACUUCAGUAGAUUUUUUUAUUUCUGCCACAGAACACCUCUCCCUUAAAUUUUGCUAUGACUGUGGGCUGCUUUAUAACAGGAACAGGCUUGGAUUUUUGUCUCACUGUAGAAAUAAGGACCAUCUGCUCAAGCAGAUCGUGGGCUCAGGUGCCGAGCCCUCCCAGUCCCUGCCUGCCACAGCACAGGAGGUGUUGGCACCUGGGCUGCUUCUGACCUCCAAAGUCCUCCAAAGACUUGGUGUUUGGGAAGAGGAGCAGGUCAGGAUGCCCUGCAGCCAGGCUGCAGGGGAGGGCAGGACAGCUGCUGCCCGUCUGGAUGAAGGGAUGGAGACAGCCUGGCAGAUGUGAUGGGAAGCUUGGUUGGGCAGGGGGGAUCUGGCUGCCCAGAUUUGGAUGGCACAGGAUGUUCCUGAGCAGGGAGCACAGCGARGAUGUGGCGCUGGCACUGUGCUUGUCAGAUGGCAGAAUGACUCAGCAGGGACACAGCAGCCACCUCCUGCCACCCAGGCCUUGGCACACAGGAACAGCACUUACAGGAGACUGAUGCCUCAGCAGGCAAAGAAUAAACAGCUUCAUGUUUGCCUUUGGUGCUGUGAGAUCAGAUCCUCUGUGCUCUUAUCAAUUGUGCAGUUUCCCCUGGCACUACAGGAGGGGAGGAAGAAGCUGAGCUGGUUCUGUCUCCAGUCACCUUGGGUUGGAUUGGGWGUGGAGGGGUGCAGAGCUCAAAUGCCUGUGCCAGGGUACUGAGGGCCACCAGGACCAUGAUGUGUUGUCAYUGCUUGUCACGAGGCUUCCCAGGCUGAGCUGUGCCCUGAGGUUGGGGUAAGGUCAGGUAAAUCAGAAGGGGACUCUCAGGGCUGCUUUGAGGCCCAGCUGAGCAGUCAGUGAGGCCAGGGGAGGGCAUCUGGGUGAUUUCUGRGGCUGAGGUGGGAGUACAGGAACACGUGGUACUGCUGAUGGGCACCUGCAGCACCUUCUGCCUGGGAACAUUGUCCAGCUGCGGGGUGGGGCUGUCAUGGAAAAGGGCACUCCUGGCACGGGGCAGCAGCUGCAGGGCAGAGAGGAGCUGUGACAGGGCAGAGAGGAGCUGUGACAGKGCAGAGAGGAGCUGUGACAGGGCAGGGUGGUGGGUGGAUGUGGGAAAGCAGCUCCAGGCACAAUCCUGGGCUGGUCUGGCUGGGGCAGGUCCAGCUCGGCAGUAAAGGCAAGAGGAGAGAAUGAACAGAUAAAGGGCAGAGAGCUGGGGUGGGGCAGGGCAUGGGGCAGCCUGGAGGGCUCACGGCUUGGGGAGCGUUUGGUGAGAACAGGGGCCAACAGAUGUGCASAAGAGUGUUUGGGUUAAUGAGGAGAGAUGAUCUCGAAUCUCAUGAGCCACUGUAGCUGGAAAUAGCUACGAGGAGCACUAGCCCUGGGGAGCUGUCAGGAGAUGUCAGCCACUGGAAUGAUAAUUCCCUYGGACCAGGCUGAGCAGACUUAGCAAGCAUUUAGGAGAGAGGAGGGGAUGUAUCCAGCAUCCUUCAGGUAUCCUGGGCCAGUUAACCACUGCUGUGCAGCAUCAGCAUCGUCAAUGUUACGGGCAAUGUAAAUGUGGCAGAAAGUUUGCACAGUCUCCUUUAAAUAAAGGAUAUAAAAAUAGUUUUCUCUUUCAAGUGAAGUUUUAGAAUGAGCUCCCACAGGACUCUGCUCUUWAUGUGUCAGAGGAAUGGAUUAAAAUAAGAAAAAUGUGGGCCUUAAAAGUUGWACUUGCUCCCAACUGAAACCCAUCAGUCUCACUCUACAUCCAAAUAUGGCAUCUCCCAAGCAUUGCUAUGCUUACAAAUGCAUUUCUAAAAAGAAAAAAAGUGUAUGAUUUGAAUAUAUGUCAGAAUUUAUACAGAAGAAUGUUAUUUAAAAUGAAUAAAAAUAAAUGUAUAUAAUUUGUAUCUAUG